AGGGUGCUAUAGGAAUUUGUUACUUCUAUAGUUAUUAAACUGUUCUCACAUUUUUUUUUCUCUCAGAAUGAAUAUCAUCAAUGACAUGCUGACAAUAACAAAUGCCUCCAGAGAUCAAAUACAGAAAGCCUUUAAGCACCCUGCCCCUACCCCCUCUUCUAGCCCUGUCCCUGAGGCAUCACCCCCAGCCCCGUUCACACAGGCUGGCCCCUCCACAUACACAGCCGAGCAGCAGCAGAUGAUUCAACAGUUUGCAGCUCAGUCAGGCAUGAACCACGAAUGGUCCAUCAAAUGCCUCGAACAAAAUGGUUGGAAUUAUGAGAAAUCUGGAGAAUAUUCCUGCAAUUUGGAGGCACAAUAUAUAAUAUUUGUGCCUAAUCACACCAAUUAA